ACCCCAUUUUACAGAUGGGGACCCUGAGGCCCAAAGAUGGGGGAGUGAGUUGCUUGCCUGAGGUCACAUAGCCAGUUGGCAGACCUGGAGCUAGGACCCGGGCCACCCACUCCAGCCCAGUGCUCAAUCGGUUCAUUCAGGAAACCUGCAUGAGUGUGGUGUCAGCCCCCAGCACUGGGAAGGAAGUCAGUCGAGUCCCUCCUCUCAGGGGCCUCAGUCUGGUGAGAGAGACAGAGGAGGAAACAGUCAGUGACAACCAGGGUCAUGACAGAGGCGGCUGGGGACCAAGGGAGCCCCAGAAUGGACUCCUAACUCUGCGGGACAGGCAGCUUGAUGUCCGGCCUCGCCUCCCUGGAUGCCAAGACCUCCAGCCGCCUGGGCAUCCUCACCGUGGCGUACUACCUGUGGACCACCUUCGUGGCCGUCAUCGUGGGCAUCAUCAUGGUCUCCAUCAUCCACCCGGGCGGUGCAGCUCAGAAGGAGACCACGGAGCAGAGCGGGAAGCCCAUCAUGAGCUCGGCCGACGCCCUGCUGGACCUCAUCAGGAACAUGUUCCCAGCCAACCUGGUGGAAGCCACAUUCAAACAGUACCGCACCAAGACCACCCCGGUCAUCAAGUCCCCCAAGGUGGCACAGGAGGAGGCCCCUCCCCGGCGGAUCCUCAUCUAUGGCGUCCAGGAGGAGAACGGCUCUCGAGUGCAGAACUUCGCCCUGGACCUGACGCCGCCGCCUGAAGUCGUGUACAAGGUGGAGCCCGGCACCAGCGACGGCAUGAACGUGCUGGGCAUCGUCAUCUUCUCCGCCACCAUGGGCAUCAUGCUGGGCCGCAUGGGUGACAGCGGGGCCCCCCUGGUCAGCUUCUGCCAGUGCCUCAACGAGUCAGUGAUGAAGAUCGUGGCAGUGGCUGGGUGGUACUUCCCCUUUGGCAUCGUGUUCCUCAUCGCCGGCAAGAUCCUGGAGAUGGACGACCCCAGGGCUGUGGGCAAGAAGCUGGGCUUCUACGCGGUCACCGUGGUGUGCGGGCUGGUGCUCCACGGCCUCUUCAUCCUGCCCCUGCUCUACUUCUUCAUCACCAGGAAGAACCCCAUCGUCUUCAUCCGCGGCGUCCUGCAGGCCCUGCUCAUCGCGCUGGCCACCUCCUCCAGCUCAGCCACACUGCCCAUCACCUUCAAGUGCCUGCUGGAGAACAACCACAUCGACCGGCGCAUCGCACGCUUCGUGCUGCCCGUGGGCGCCACCAUCAACAUGGACGGCACCGCGCUCUACGAGGCUGUGGCCGCCAUCUUCAUCGCCCAGGUCAACAACUACGAGCUGGACUUCGGCCAGAUCAUCACCAUCAGCAUCACAGCCACCGCAGCCAGCAUCGGGGCAGCCGGCAUCCCCCAGGCCGGACUCGUCACCAUGGUCAUCGUGCUCACCUCCGUGGGACUGCCCACCGACGACAUCACCCUCAUCAUCGCUGUCGACUGGGCUCUGGACCGUUUCCGCACCAUGAUUAACGUGCUGGGGGAUGCGCUGGCCGCGGGGAUCAUGGCCCACAUCUGCCGCAAGGACUUUGCUCGGGACACGGGCACGGAGAAACUGCCACCCAUCGAGACCAAGCCAGUGAGCCUCCAGGAGAUCGUGGCAACCCAGCAGAACGGCUGCGUGAAGAGCGUGGCCGAGGCCUCAGAGCUGACGCUGGGCCCUGCCUGCCCCCACCACGUCCCUGUACAGGUGGAGCAGGACGAGGAGCCGGCAGCCACCAGUCUGGAGCAUUGCACCAUCGAGAUCAGUGAGCUCGAAACCAACGUCUGAGCCUGCAGGACCGGGCCGCAGGGGCAGGAACCCAACUCUCCAACUCUCCUGAGCUGGAGAGAGGCCAGCUGCCAGGGGCCAGGCUCACACAUUCUUCCCACCCUGUGAGGCCGGACUUAGCCCCACUUGACUGAAAACGGAAUCUCAGAGAGGGAAAAGGCCUCAGGGGGCAGGCCCAGCCAGAGAGUGACGGACUGGCAUAGCCCAAGCACUGGUGGUGACAGUUUUCCCUGUGUGAGCCUGUGAGGAUGGCAGGCGGGGGUCAGCCCCACUUUCUAGAUGAGAGAAUUGAGGCCCUGACAGCUAAAAACACUUGCCCACGGUCUCGAACAAGUGAGGUCAGGGCCAGGACGCUCACUCAAGUCCUUCAAGCCCAGGCCUCUCUUUCCUGGAGGACAAGGGCCGUUUGUGGGGCCAGAUGCCAAGAGAGGCUCCACCCCCUCCGCUAGCCCACCACUUCCCACGUGUGAAGACAAAUAACAGUGUCCUGGUUUCUGUCCCAGCUGUGUCCAGGCCCACCCCACCCCAUAACAGGUGGCCUCAGCCAAACAGUUAUCCCCAAGGGGGACCCAGCCCAGGGCCAAGACCCGCUGCCUUCCCUGGGCCACCGUCCAUCUGGUUCCCUGUCCUGCUACUUGUCUCUUGCAAAGCUUAUUGGAUAUGGAGACAGAUGUCCUAACUGCAGCUGGAAUGCCCCUUAGACAUGUCCAGGCCAACCUCCCAUGGGACAGGUGGGCAAGCCAGGGCCCGGGGAAGGCUCGGCCUGGCAUGCUGUGGUCUAGCUGCUGAUGGGGCCCUGGUGUCAGAACUGCCCAGAGGCCCACGUGGCAAAGUGGAGUCAGGUUUUCUAGUCCUUUCUGUGUUUGCGAACUCAGUGAUAACUAAAUAAAGGUAUUUUCUUUUUCA